AUGUCAACUGAUGUACAGCCUUCCACUUUUCUUCCUGGCGGCAUCUCUAGUAAAGAUCAACUUACUUUAGCAGCCCCUUACAUCUUUGUUAUUAUACUUGCUAGUCUUAUUCUAAUUUUUUUUAUCAUUAUAGUUAUCCGAGAAAUUUUAAAGUCUCGUGGCAUACUAAACGGCUGUCAUCAAUGUAAAAUCAGCUGUUGUCAAUGUUCAAGUUGUCUUGAAUGUUGUGCAACAUGUGCUCAAGCAUGCGACUGUUGUGGGACAGUAUCCAUCGAAUCAUGUCUUGAUGCUUGUUGUCCGAAACGAGGAUCAAUCGAUUUUGCUGACAUUAUUACGUGUGAAGCCUGUUGCAAUGGACAAUGCUGUUCGUGUGGUAAUACUACUUGUAUCUGUGCUCCAACUGAUGUUAGAAGCGUUAACUGUUUAUGCUGUGCUUGUGAACAGCAGUAUCCUGAAUCAGACUAUAAUGAUAGAUAA